UUUUUUCCACUCGAGAUUAAUGUAAGAAUAGAUCAGUCUCUGCAACAAAAGGAACGAUCGAGUUUGGAUCAAUGUCAGUGGUGGGGUGAAGAGAGAAAUCUAUUUGGAGACUUAUUGCGGCGGCGCGCAAUAAGAAUUAGUUAGCUAUUAGCAAGGUGAACCGUGAAGCUAAAAAGUGAAGCAUUCACUUUAGAACGAGAACGAGUGUCUGAUUGAGCAGAAUCUGCUCAACGUACAUACCUGUGACCUGGUGUGAUCGCGGAUUAAUCCAGCUGCAGUGUAUAUCAGCUCUUUGUGCGCAUUCUAUCUACUUUCGACACUAGAAUAUCGACGCGAAUUUUACCGUCUCAUUCAAUCUCGAACGGGAUGCAGGCGGCGGAUGAUCCCUUCUACCGGGAACCUUUAGUAUCCGUUGAGUUUGAAGUUUUUGGAAAAGUGCAGGGUGUAUAUUUUCCAAAAUACGUGAGGGAUAUAUGCUUGCAAUUGAAAAUCUGUGGUUGGGUGAAAAAUAGUAAAACUGGCACGAUCCUUGGAAAGAUGCAGGGACCUCGAGCGCUUGUCGAUCAGAUGGCACAGUGGUUGACAUCAGUGGGCAGUCCAGGUAGUGAGAUACAUCACUGCGAAUUUACAAAUUGGGAAACUGUUACAAAGCAGCAAUAUCAAGGUUUCAUGAUUCGUUUCUAAGAAUAUAUUGCACAAUUGAACGUUUAAAUUCUAAUAUUAAUGCACACUAAUUUGAUUUGCAUGUGAUAUAAGAUAUGCUCAAAAAUUCCGUAACAUCUGGAACAGUUAUGCGAUAAUUGUGCAAAAUAUUUUACUCGACACUUUACGAUUCGAUCGAAACACAAUAUUUUUUAAAUGUAUUUUUAACAAAUUAUAUAUACAUCUCUUACAAAAAUUUUCAAAACAUGAUUACUUAUAAGGAUACAUAGCCGAGAUAAAUGUUACAUUCGAUAAUUACAAUGUUAAUUAGAACAUUUAUAAUUUAAAUUCAAUGACAAUAAACUCAAUGUGUAUAGAUUCUUAAAAUCUUAUACGCACGCGCGCGCGCGUGUGUGUGUGCGCGUACAAUAUAAACGUAAAGCGCUAGAUAUAUAUUAUACGUGCAUUACGAACGAGGUUAAUUAACACUUUCUGUAUCGCGCUAUUUUUAAAUGAUUUGACCAUUAUGUCAUGUGGAUCACUAGUAUUUUUGUUUGCAUUUAUAUUAUAUUUCUUGAUGAAUAUUGAAUAACAUAUAUUUCAUAAUGGAUAAAAAAAU